CCAUUUUAAUUGAUCGUUUCUGGUACAGAAGCAGGAUUUUAUUUUGGGCGCGCGGAUUUUUGAAUGGUGAGGACGGUCGCCAAACGCUCCACGCCAAGUUGAAACUGCAAGUUAAAAAUAUAUCAAUCACAUAACCUGCAAAGAAAAUACCAUAAUCACGAUGGUCUAGGUUGAACCAUUUAAUCGUCGUUAUUGAUCCAGUGCAACUUUGAAAAUGUUGAGCCUUCAUAUCUUGCUGUUUCUAGCUGUUCUUAUUUCGUCAUCUCAUAAAAGUUCACCAGCUGUAAUCAGACAUGGCGCCUCCUCCAACGGGGAGGUACCAGUCCCACAGGGGACAUCAUACCUGGACCAGGACACUCGGAAAUCAGAAGGCUCGUCACCCUUCUCUUUUUCACAGAGGGACGUUGGUGAUGACCCCAAGGGUGCAGAUGAUAACCCGGAAGUAAUUCCAGACCCAUUGGUUCAUACUAUCUCGAGAAGACAAACAUCGAAAGGAGAUCAGAAAAAUACAACGAAGCAGGAUACCGUUGAGAACACUGGUGAAGAUCAAAACGCAUGUGAGCAUCAACUGGAGAGUUCAUCUGGCAUAUUGUUUUCAUAUGCAAUAGACAAAUCACUAUCUUGCAGAUGGAACAUUUCUGCUCCAGAGGACUCCAUUGUUAACAUUGCUAUCCUGGUCUUGGAAUACAACGACACAAGCCUAGCUAUUGCCGAAAGUGCUGGCAAUCUCUGCCUUGAGAACGGGACAUUUAUCAUAUUUGAAGAAUUUCUUCCUGAUUUUCAACCUCAAAUUACAGCAUUUUGUGAGGUAAAAUCUGCAAAUACUAGAGCGCUGACAUUAAUAACUGUCAGCAAUAGAGUUUCCAUCAGUGUAUACACACAACAAGAUCCUGAUAUUGUAUGGGCACUGUGGUAUCAGAUCGUCGAUGAGUCCCUAUUUGAUCAGGAAGCUUAUGACAAUAGUGACGUUGGAAGUGGGGAGAUGUUUACAGAAUUAAAAGCUGUAAAUUCUAGUUUACUUGAAAAAAUUUCUGAUCUGACUGCUGACCAGUGCUUUGAAAUCGAUGAAAUGAUGCUAAGUCCUAAAAAAGAAUCGUUUGGUAUAAGUGAAAACUGUUCACUGACGUUUUUGCCUGAUGGGAAUGAAGAACUUGUGUUGUCCUUAAUCAGUAUUGGUCUUUCUAAUGCUACGGUUGCCAAUUGUACCUCUGAUAAUGCAUUCAUUACUAUCCGUAGUUGGAAACCUGAUGGAUAUGCUAACGAGACUCUUUUCUGCUCGAUUCCUUUAUUUGGAGCUCGGUUCCAAUCUCCUGUGCGUAUUGAGCUGCUUUAUCAUCCUUUUGCAGUUACACGGCAAGAUUUCAAGGCACAAAUAAGCAUUGUUGAGCCCGAUUUGGAUAUUACUCAACUGUUGGACGCGUUGCUACAAAAUACUUUGCUUUACUCCCUAUCCGGAGAUAAUGGAAGCCUUUCUUCUCUGGGAUAUCCGAUGCCUUUUCCAAGUAUGCGCAUGAUCUGGGAGAUCACUGUUGGUAAGGGGAAGGAAAUUAAUCUUGAGUUCGUUGACAUCGAUUUUGGAUAUGAACCUCCUUCCAUCUGCAACGAAACCACGCCUAUUCUUUUCAUAAUUUCCUCCCCUAUCUAUGACAAAGAAAAUAUAUACUGCGGUUCUUUACCACCAUGGAACAUAACAUCUUAUGGCGGCAAGAUGAGUUUGAUUUUCGACCCCAAGGCAGGCAACAUUGGAAGAGGAUUGCAAGCUGUUUUCUCGUCCUUUGAUAUUGACAAUGAUACAUAUCAAGCAAACCUGGGCUUAGAUGAUGCUUGGAGUCUUUUACAAGAGCUACCUAUCCCUCCUUCAAUGUUAUAUGCACCUGCGAGAAUAUUUGAGGACUGCGAAUUGUUAUUCAUGAACUACUCUCGAAAUUUCUCGAACAAUAUUGCUUCCAACGAAAAUCUAUUCAACUUUUCUAUCUGCCAGCGAAUAUUAUCGACUCCAUUCGAUUUCAUAGAGGACCUCUUGAAAAACACCACCCUGUUCGAUUAUUUGGAUAAAAAUGGAGGAAUUAUGAAGCCCAUCAACUUCACAUCGGGAAAUCAAUUUGAAGACGAUUUUGACAAGUACAGAGGGAACUUUGGUUUUAAUGAAGACAUUAGUAGUUCUCCAAGGGUCACUACUCCAUCGACACAGCCGACUGAUGUAUCAUUAAUAUCCAAUGUCUGCGAUAAAAUUACAGAGGAUUCUGGGAAGUUUUCUACCCUGUUUUAUCCCAAUGACUAUCCAGUCAACUACACGGCCUGUUGGUAUAUAAUGACAAAUCCCUCACGGUAUAUAGUGCUCCAGCUUAGAAACUUUUCACUUGAUUCUGCUCGUAUAGAUCCAUGUGAUACAUCAUAUUCUCAUGUGGUCAUCAAUGACUUUGUCUUAGAUGCAGUAUUUUUGUGCGGUGAAUUUGACUACCGGAAAAUUGAAUCUUCCAGAAAUAGUAUACAAAUUGAAAUUAAGGGAAAAUUAGGACAAGGACAGGGAUUUUACGCUGUGUUUGAAACUUUCGAAAUACCUCAAUUUCGAUCUCAUGUUGCCACAGGUGAGAUUGUAAGUUGCAAUGCCACAGAACAUCUAGAGAGUCUUGCUGUGUCCGGAACUGCUCGUCUUCCAGCUCUCAUGAGCAAAUGCAGUGUAGAUGGAACCUGGUUGGAGUGGUUCACAGAAUCUGAUAAAGAAAGUGGAUGGAUUGCAUCACCAAUGUUUCCUUGGCAUUACCCAGCAGGUUCACACUGCGUCUGGAUUAUACGAGGAGAAGGGAAUGUGAUGGUGAAGUUGGAUUUCUUUGAUUUUGAUCUUGGUGAGGUUCCUGGGACAUACCCACCCUGUAGCGAGGCUGAUACUUUCAUCCUGAUCCGGGAUUGUGUUUCAGGAGAAGAGAAAACCCUAUGUGGCGUCAGAACUGAAAAUGAAGAGGUGAUUAUACAUUCCAACUCGGUUGAAAUAGAGUUUUACAGUCAAGGUGGCCAGGGCAAGGGCUUCCAUGCUUUCUACAAACUAAGACAAUCUACCAUCGAAGGUCAACAGUUAAGAAUUCUACCUGAAAAUCUGACAUCUGUUCCAUCAUUCCAUGGAAGAGAAGACACGACAACCAAAGAAUCACAACCUUCAAAAUUCCCUGUGUCCACUCUUCCUCCAAAAAGCUUGGUAAGUGAUCCUGUCUGCGAUGUUAUAAGCUCUGAUGAGUGUGGUGCCACUAUACGUUCUGAAUUUGGUUACUUUUCAUACGCAUUCUAUCCCCAAGAGUUGCUUUCCCAAACCGAUUGCAUUUGGGCUAUAGAAUCUUCCCUUCCUGAUCAUCAAAUAGCAUUGAAAAUACUGGACAAUGGUAUGGGUGCACCGGUAAUCGACGGCAAAUGUGACACUCGUUAUGGAUAUAUUAGGGUUGAUAUUUCUGGAAAUUACGCAUAUAUCUGUAAUAAUCGUGGACAAAAUCUGUUUUUGUCCGAUGCAGGGUUUAUCAGAAUUGAACUUUCCUCGGAAUAUAGUGUUGGUCGGGGAUUCUGCGCGUCAUUCAUGUCCUUUAAUUCUACAUUCAAUGGAAGUAUAGAUGAUCUACAGUUACCGUGCUCGUGCGAAGACAUUUUUACCAAUUAUUCUUGGAUUGGACCUUCUGUUGAACCACCAGGACAGGAAAGGUGCGAGUUUGCAAUUGGAGAAGGAUCUGGGACAUUUCCUUCAGGCAGUUUUCCGAUUCCCUAUCCACCUAAUUUCGAAUGUGUUUGGACUUUAUUAGCAGACCAAGAUGAGAAUGUCAAUCUUCAGUUUAUGUCUCUAGACCUCGAUGGAUUCAGAAUGAGCGGGAGAAGGAGAUGUCUCUUGACUGAUACACAUGUUCAGAUAACACUCUUCACAGGCACUAAAGUUUUAAAUGAGCGAUUUUGUUCUGAUGAUGACUGGUCAGUGGCUAUACCACCCUCGCGCGACGUGACCAUUAAAUUCAAAUCGGGAGACACCCCAGCUCAUAACCACACAGGAUUUGUUAUGGCGUACAAUGUCACUCGUGCACAAUCGAGAGACAUGGCAGAUAACAAGUCUGUAAGCGAAUCCUCAGAAGACAUCUUCGGUUUUAGGGCUGUCAUUGACUACGAUGGAUUUUCGCCUCUCUCUUCGGAUGACUAUUCAGAAGAAGUUGUUGUCGAAACCGGAAGAAGAACAACAGAAGGUGACAGAACAAGACUGACGUGGCCAAUUGAGGUAGAAACUGAAAUUCCAGACUUGGGAUUGUUUACUGACUUUGCAACAGAAUUGCCAGAUAUUUAUGGUACAGAGUUACCAGAAGGCCAUGAGACUACGACUGGUUAUACACAUGAAGGGGCAGAUAUCUUGACAACAACUGAAAGACUUCGAGGAACGUAUUCAUUGGAAGAGGUGACAACGAGAAGCUCAACAUCACAGACCCUUGGUGUAAUUCCAGGAAGAGGUAGAAUGACAGCAAGAGAGAUGGAGUUGACUAUCUACAUAUGCACGGCAUUCGCUGCUUUCUUCAUAAUUGUACUCAUUUUGGUCACUUUAUAUUGCGCAAAGAAUAGGAGGAGUAAAAGUAAGGCUGGAUUCGAUAUUGACGCAGCAGACGAGGCUAACUACUGGCAGACAUACAAAGAUUGGGCCAAAGAUUGGGUUACCGAACCAGUUGCAGGGUCUGCACAAAGUACAGUGGGUGCAAUGUGCGGCGACGAAAGUGGAAUGGCGCCAAAAUGUAAGCCAUCAACUGGUGGAGGAGCGAUGGCGACCGAGUUGUCACCAGAUCAUCGUAAGACUGUAAGCGCCGUUGUCAACCAACCUCCUAUAGACAAACCAGAAAGAAACUUCAUACCAUCAGAAAAGUUAGUAUGAUAUCAGAAUAUCAAAUUGUAAUUGAUAUUACUACAGUCCAUUAACCCAAGACGCCUAAAAUCGCCAUCGAUAGAGUAUCGAUAAUUGUGUAUAAAUUUUAACGAUGUUUGCUUCCUCGUAAGAGUAAAAAUGUAAAGGCCUAUACGUCUGAAGAAAGGCCAUUACACAUCUUACGUACGAUUGGUCUACGAUCUGAGUUGAGAACAAAUCGCAGUUUGUUUCAUGAGAAUAUUUCAAUAGUUCAAAAUAACUAGAAAUACUAAUAUUGAGUAAUUCUAAACCUUCCAAUUUGGAAUAAAGUCUGCAUUGGUUUCAAAUAAUAUCUGUUCGCACGAUUGCCAUUACUUCAUUUAUUAGAUAUUAAAAUGAAAUUGCAAUAAUCAUGAAUUAGAACCUGGCAUAGCAAGAUGUUCCUUGUCUCACGUGAAAAGUAAAUUUACUUCCAAAAUCAGGUCGCAGACCAAUCGUAAGGUAUGCAUGCAUGGGCAUUUAGGAAACUGAUAUUAUCCAGUACAAUUGAUUAUUGAUGAAUGUUAUAUUUUGAAUCCAGUAUGUAUGAUUCGUUUCUGGAAACGAUAAUUUGCAAUGUAUAUAUCGCACUUAUGCUAUUGUUUUUCCUAAAUCGGUGUAUUGGUUAUUUAUGGUAAUCAAUGAAAGGAUGGUUUUAUCUUAAUAAUGGACUGCUCCUUGAAGAUGAGUAAUUUAUUCAACCCUUCAGUGAGAAUAACGAAACUUUGCCAUUGGAAUACAGAAUAAGCUAAUAAACCUUUAAAAAAACUUGAACAAAGUUACCCCUUAUAGUCCUGAAUUUUGGGUGGAAAUAUUGUUUUCAUUACAAUUCUCAUAAUCAAAUUAUAGUAUGAAAUGAGAUUUUGCAUGUUUUUUUAUCUGAAGACGAGUACGCCUAUAAUCUUGCGUUUCAAUAUGUUUACUUUUCUAGUCUAGGCCUCCUUCUUUAAGACUGGAUUCAUUAAUGUGAUAUGUAUAAGCUUCACGAUGUCAUCGAAAAAUACGCUUCUCCUAUAUGAUUCCCCAAAUUAUGGCAUUGAGUUUGUCACUAGAUCAAUUCAGACCCUUCAACUGAUCUACUCAUGAUCUCGAUUAUAUAGUUAUUAAGUCAUGAAGUUGAGGUAUUAUACUUCCGCAGCGCCAUCUCACCAUAUGGGCUCAUGAUAUGUUUUUAUGAAUAUUGCGACUGGAUCAGUGAUACUUUUUGUUAAUAAAAUAAAUUUACUGAUAGUAAAAAAAGAUGAUUGCUUUGAUAGAUGUGAGCAUAUACGUUUCGGGGAUUUGAAAUAAAUUCUGGACACCUGCAUGUGAUUAAUGUUGACCCGAACUGGAUUUCCAUUUAAAUCUUACAGAUUUAUAAUAAGAUAAUGUGGAGUAUGAAUGUUAAUCUUAUAUAUCAUAUUCGGGAAAUAAGAAUAGGCACCCAGGUUGCUCAUGGGGUGCUGCGAAUGUAUUGCGUAGGCAGCUCCCUCUAGAAAUCAGGUUGACAGCAAAAAGAAAAAAAAUGGAGCAAUGACUUUUUUGUCAAUUUUUUCUUCUCGAAAUCCCUUUCGUCAUGAAGUGUAAUCUGUAUGAUAUAUGUUUUUUUUUUCUGAACAAAAUCCCAGCACCCCUUACUUAAAAAUCGUUCCCAGCAGGGCCCUAAGUGGGUGUUGGUGUGAAAGCCGAAUUCUGAAUCGGUCAAAUCAAGCAAAUUAUUGGAAUCUGCAAAAAGUUUGAUUUAUUAAUCAAUUUUUCGGUCUGACGAACAGUACAGGUCCAAAGUCUGGGGCCCCCAUCAGAUUUAAAAGAUUAUCAUACAUAACACUGCAUUCUGCAUAUAAGCAAAUGUUUUGAUACUGAAUGAGCUAUUAUACAGUUCCAUUAUAUUACACAAGCAUGUUUCCAUUGCAACUGGUUUUGACUGCACCUCCUGUAAGUCCCAGUUGGUUUUCUUAUUCAAAUUUUAUGCAAACCUUUAAACUUUAAAGACUUUAAAGGUAGUCAUACAAUUUGAAUAUAAUUUAUUUAAAACAAAGGUUGUUUUUGACAACCUGAAAGUUUGUCUGAGGCUUGUCUGACAUAGCAACACAUACUAUUUGCAAACUGGAUUCUAGCAGAAGAUGUUUGAAGGUUUGCAUGGUGGCAGAAACAAUCAAUUAAGUGGUUUAUAAUUAUGGUACACCGUGUGUAAAGUCCUGGAAAGGACUGAGAUAAAAUGGAUAGAGGUAGAAGAGCAAUGGAGAGGCGAGAAAGUGUAGAUUGCAAAAGUGAGUAUCUUUUAGAAAUGACUGUAUAGUGUAAAUAGGACUGUAAACCAGAAAGAGUGGAAAGCUUGAGAAGUGAUGAGAGGCUUGAGUAGAAUUAAGGCUGGUUGAGUUGGAGGGGUGAGAGAAGAUUGAGUAGGUAAGAGACGGCUGGCUUGAGUUGGUUAGUAGAGUUGUAGAGCAGGAGCAAGAGUUUCAGGCAGGUUGACUGCCCGAUUGACAGGUUGACUAUCCACAGGUUGACUGCCCGAUUGACAGGUUGACUGCCCGAUUGACAGGUUGACUGCCCGAUUGACAGGUUGACUAUCCACAGGUUGACAUAUUUGUUGCUUUGUCACACAAGCAUCUGACAAGAACCUAAGUUGCUUUAAAUAUUCAAAUUUUAUGUUUAACUUUAAAGUUUAAAGUCAUGCACAAAAUUUUUAUAUAAAAAAUUAUGAAAACCGACUGGAGUUUGACAGAAGCGCAAUCAAAACCAAUUGGAAACAUCCUUGUGUGAUGUCAUGGAACUACCAUAGCCCAUCCAGUAUCAAUAUAUUUGAAUGAAUGCAGAAUGCAGUGUUUUUUAUGAUUUUCUAUUAAAUCUGAAGGUGGCCCCAAACCUUUGGCCUGUACUGUAAUACUCACAAAAAUAUACCAUUUACGUUAAAUCCUAUUCCACAAAGGCUUAGGCAUGCAAACGGAGCAAAAUUUUAGAUACUGAAGGAUAUCGUGUUCCACUAUGCCUACAUAUCUAACUGUUGUAGAAUAUCUUUAUGAACCAUUUGUUGUGCGCCAUUUUAGCAUUGAAUGUACAUGUCAAUGUAUAUAAAAUUUGGUCUAUAUACAUACAAAUAAUGAAUACCUAGUAUUGAAAUCAGUGAUUGAAAUUAAUUGUGUCGAACGAUUUAUUUGAAAAAAAAAGAUUGCUAGAAUAUAUUUAUGAAAAAAUGUAGGGAAAAAUUCCAAGAGAGAAUUUAUAGUGUAUGGUAUUUGUUUAUGCUUAGAGAUUUUCGACUGUAUACUAAUAAACAUU